CGUAAACGACCAUCAAGCCAACUGCUCGGAACGCGACUACGAUUGACAGCGCGCAGGCGCCUCUCCGUCGCAUCCGAUUGCUACGAUUUCUACGCGUCGUCUCGGAUGCAUUGGGCAAUAGGACAGACUGGACCCUAUGUGAAAAUCGUGUGCGCCAGUGCCGACCUCAACCAUGUCUUGCAGUCACCACCUGGCAUCGUUUCCUCAGCUGACCGACUUGGAAUUUGAGGAAGCAUGCGGCGCAAUCUUGAAGCAAUUCGAGCUGCAAGCCCACAGACAGGACGAGUGGACUGCAGUGGAGAAUGUACUUCAGAGUGAGACUACUGUCUUGAGAAUCACCAAACCGCUGGGGACGCGUCCAGAUGUCUCAAAUAUCAGCGAUGACACCGAUGAUAUAGAGGUCGAAGAAGAGGACGAUGAGAUUGCCGAGUCUGCAACGCCCGUUGGAGCUGUCAUUCAAUAUGAUGUCGUCUUGUCCGUCUCGUAUCGAGUUCCUGUGCUGUACUUCACCAUUUCUGAUAGCCAACACCGCUACCCGCCCACCAUGGAAACACUAUAUUCUCAUAUAAUACCACCUAGCUUCAGGGCGCAGACUGAGAGCGUAGGUGUCAUCGGAGGAAUCACCGUUACCGACCAUCCAGCCACAAACCAGCCAGCGUUCUUCAUCCACCCCUGCCGAACAGCAGAACUCAUGCACGCCAGUGUAGGUGGACGAGACAUCACUGCGUAUGACUAUCUUCUAAUCUGGAUGGGUGCGCUGGGACAGUGUGUGGGGCUGAAGGUGCCCUUGAGUUUAGUCAACUUAGACCAGAGACAUGGCUGAACGGACCACCGUGCGAGGCGGUGCAUGCGAUCUCUGUA